AUGCUAGAGUGGGGUGGUUGCAAUGUAUUCGGCAGUUGCAUUUCUUGCAUCUGGGCAGUGAGCAAAAGGGAUCGGGGUAGCCGUUAUAAUAAAUGUCCAGCUGUUGCGUGUGAAGUCUGCGACUUGUCGCCCUCAAAGUACACUUGCCCCGGAUGCAGAAUCAGAACCUGUUCAGCGCAGUGUGUCAAGGAGCACAAAGCCAAGCUCAACUGCACAGGGGAGCGGGAUAAGACAGCAUUUGUAGACUUGCAGGACUAUUCAGACAUGCACUUACUGAACGAUUACAGAUUUUUGGAGGACGCCGAGCGUAGACUUUACAGCAACAAAACAGCCCCAGAAAAUCGGCGUCGGGCCGCACCCAGUGCUUCACUUCAUUUAAAUAAACGGUCAAAGUUCUUGAUAACUGCUGCACUAAAACGAGGAGUCAAACUGAAGAUGGUCUCCCCUGCACUGACAAAGAACAAGAUCAACACAAGCUUCUACACCAUUAGCUCUGAUACCAUUGCCUGGCACAUUGAAUGGCAUUUUGUGGCAACAAACACAGUUAUUAAUGAUGAGAAAAUCCCUGAAACUACUAGACUGGUAGAGGCAGCCAGAAAACACACCAACUUUGUCCAGUAUCCACAUUUGAGGAAGAGCCUGGAAGACUACAAGAAAGAUCGAUUAGACAAGUGCAGGUUUCUCCUCAAGGUGGAUGGAUUACCUGCUAAUAGAGAGAGAUUCAUCUUUCUUUUUUUUCUACGCACAGUCCAAUCUUUAUGUUUCAUAUGUUUGUUUACAGAGGAUAUGAUGGUGAUGAACAAAGAAAAUGCCAGCCACUUGUCCGUGUACCACCCAGAGCUAAAUCUGCAGACUGCAAUUGAGGAGACAUUGCUGAACCCGAAGUCCAGUGUGUAUUCAACCACAGAAGAUUCUGUUAUUCACAUUUAA